GCAUUAUUUGGGCACAAAUGAUGAAAUAAUAAAAGAUCGAUUGAAAAAAGCAAUUGGUGAAGUGUCAGAUAGUAUCAGUAUAAUGAGAAAGGCUCAAACUUACGGUGAGAAUGAUCCUGAUCAGCCACCAGACAUUUUAGUCAAAUCGUCAGUGCUUUGA